AUGCAAAAUUCGAUAGAUAUCGGCUGGCUUGAUGUUGGCGUCCGGGAAGAUUCCCGGCUCGCAGUCUUAGACCAAGGCCGGCUGCAGAAGGUUGUCGCUGAACUGAUCGACCCAGAAAGGCAACGCCCAUCUUUAUGUGUCUUUCUUGGUGGAAAGAGCAAAGACUAUGCUCUUCAGCAACUAUACCCACUAAAUAAUAUAAAGCGACAUGUCUCAGACUCCCAAAUCAAGCUGAGAUAUGAUAUCGCCUCGUUGGGAGGUCGCCAGCCUAUGUUAUUGGCUGACGGCGAUCUACCCCUCUUGGAAAGUUACAGCCCCACGAAAAGAUUACAGCCUGGGGCAGGCUUCCCUGUGUCCUGGGAAGAUCAUUCCGCGGCCAAAGUUCUCAUAGGCUUGUGGUCGCGAUUGAUCUUUAUGUUCACAGACGUGGUUUGCAUCUUCGUUGAUGAUAAUGCUGGUCUUGAAAGGAUAAUCACAUUCUUAGUCGCUUGCUUGGAGCUUGGGUCCGCAUCACCUUUAGCUAGAUCUCUAUUACCAAGGGUGAUCUUUGUAUACGGCACAGCGAAGGAAAAUGAAGAUUUGGAGAUGCCAAACACUAGUUACCUGCUCCGCAAGAUUCAAGAGAGUGGGCACAAAGAUCUUCUUGGUCUAUUUUCGGGUGCAGAAUCUGUGUAUAUGUCGCAUGAGGAAUUAUCCAACAUCGCCCGGUUCCAAAGGCUUAAGACUACGAUAGGGGAACAGGUGGAUGUGGUUUGUUCUCACCGACUAGAAGAUUACGCUCGCCCAAACGGGAAACAUCUUACGGCUCUAUUUCAUUUAGCAUUUCAGCAUACCUUGAGCGAUAUUGCUAGCCCUUUCGACAUAGUUAAGGCUACUCGAAAGAAUCGCCCUGUGACUAAAAGCGUCGAAUCACACUUGGUGCAUUAUCUUCAGAUUGGCCAUACUGCACACGUGCAACUCCAUGAAUUAGCCCCGUCAAUUGCGUCCGCUCUUUUCAUGGAUCACUAUGUGCCUAACAUGUUUGCGACGAACCCUAAGACCGUUUUCCAUAGCCUGUAUGGAUCUUCUGUCAUGCAAGUUUAUCGCAAUUGCCAAGGUUUGUGGCUAGAAUGCUCUCCCAUAGAACAGGCUAAAUUGGUCGAGCAUCAUUUUUCCAAUCUCUUUAAGCAACUCUCCACAAAGGUAGUUUCUUCGGCUGAACUACGAAGAGAACAACUCAUGAAUCAAAGUGGUCUACUUUGUCGCUUUCGUACUAAUCGUAUCUGCUUAUAUUGUCUUCUACAUUCUGCUCAACAUAUCUUACCGUGUGGUCAUACCUUAUGCGAUCGAUGUGCACAGGUUUUUGGAUCUCCUGCCCUCGGGUUAGAGUAUCAAUUUACUAUUAAAGGCUGUGUAUAUUGUCUAUACCAGAGGCCACUAGUUGUGGAUGUACUACCGCCAACUUUGAGCCCCACGAUCCUUGCAAUCGAUGGUGGGGGAGUCAGGGGGGUUAUUCCAUUGGAGUUUCUGCUUUUAGUACAAGAACAUUUAGGCCCGUGCGCGAUUCAAGAUGUUGUUGAUCUUGCCGUUGGUACGAGUUCGGGUGAGUCGGGUAUUAAUGAUGACUUUUGCCACAAUACUUGCUAA